AUGGCAGCGACCGAGAGCUCCAAACCCUCCUCGCGCGACGAGUCUUCGGACUCUGGCAGCGGCAGCGACAGCGAAAAUGACACCCCAACGACAGUCGAAUGGCUUGCUACCGGCCGUGCAAAGCGCUCCACUGCCGGUAACCGAAUGAAAUCGAUGCUCGCCAACGAAGAACCCGAUUCCGACCUCGAACUGUUGUUUGCCGAAGACGAUAAUGACGAAGGCUUCACCGAUGUCGACGAUGGCGGCUCCGACGUACAGAUGGACUCGUCGUCCGACGACGAAGAUGAGCAGAAUCAGGGCGACGAGAUGGAGGGAGAAAAGGAGCUUGAGAAGCAGGCCAGGGAGAAGAAGGCUGCAGCGCGAAAGCGCAAGGCACAGGACGCCAUCCCGGCCAAGUUCAGGAAGAAGGUCCGCAUCGACGCGAACCAGAACGUUGCACCAGCCCCGCGACCCAAGAAGAAAUCCGAACGAACGAGUUGGCUGCCAUCGCCUGCCGACAUGCCCGUCCGUGCCUCACUCCGACAGACGACGGUGCUCAGUAAGGAGCAGUUGCACCUGCAGAUGAAAGAGCGUGAAGCCAAGCGGUUGAAGCAGGUGGCCAUCAUGGAGAAGAAGGCCAAGAAGCUGGCAGAAUCAAAGAAACCACCGAUGACGCAAGCGGAGCGUCUCGCCGAGGCAGCCAUCGUGGAGAAACGAAACUCGAAGUCACUGAACAGAUGGGAAAUCGCGGAGAAGGCCCGCGAGGAAGAACGGCUGGCCAAGCUAGCGGCGCUGAACAACCGCACACUCAAGGGUCCUGUUGUCACGUACUGGAGUGGCAUAGGCGAGUGGGAACACCACCUGAAGCACGUGGGCAGGGUCGCCGAGGAAGAGAAACCAGUUCGCAAGAAGAGGGAGAAGAAGGAAAAACCAGACAAGGGCAAAGGCAAGGAGAAGGAGAUGGAGAAGAAGGAGAUGGAGAAGAAGGAAGGCGACUCGGCUGCGGCGACAGCUUCCACACCUGGACCUACGCCGUCAAAGACGCCUGAUGGGCAGACAGACGCGAAAGCAAAUGCCCCAUCAAUGCCGCCAGCUUCACUGGGCGCCGAGGCUUCUGAGCCGAAUGCUACUCCCAAGGCGACUUCGCCAGUGACGCCGUCUCCGGCACCCACAGAGGCGACACCGAUCGUGAAGACCGAAGACCGACCAAGCGCUACAGCACCACCUCCAAUACCACCACCGCCGACCCUCUCGCCUGUGCCCCCUAAAUCUGACGAUAAGCCCAGACUGAUGGCACCGCCGUCAAUACCACCGCCUCCAUUAAUGGGCUCUUCAAUGAUGGCUCCUCCACCUAUACCACCACCUCCAAAGCCUUCCGUCUUGGCAGCUCCUGUGCUCGCACCACCGGUCCUCGCUCCGCCAUUGGGAGGUAUACACCUUGGACAGCACAACUCGCUGCCCAAGUCCAACGUUCUCGCACCUCCCAAUACCUCUCAGCAUCAAUCCCCUCUCUCCAUGCCUGCUCCUCAGCCACCGGCAUCAGCAAGACCGCCACCGCCUCCACAAGCACCUCUUCAACCAACUCAACCACGAGCUUCUCCCAAGAUAGUACCUGCGGCAGCGAUUUACUCCCAGUCUCCACCACCACCAGUGAAGCCUCCCGUGCUAGCGAAACCUCCUGUAUCAACAAAGCCUACCGCCCUGGUAGUCCCGCCCGUCCCGGCAGACCCUCUCGCAUCAGCCAAAGAUCCCUCCGCACCCAAAGAGCCUCCCCCAAGCGAGGUUGCCCGCAACGCAUUUAUCCUUCGCAACUUCGAUGAGGACCUCAUCAAAGACAAGACAACUCAAACGCAGGUCCUCUUCGGACGACGUAUGGACCGCAUGGCGAAGCCAGCUCCCCGCCCUAUCUGCGUCAUCACAGCCCAUCCGGCCCGCUACCGCGACCCUGCGACUGGUCUACCUUAUUAUGACGUUCGUGCUUACCGCGAAAUCCAACGCCUCCGCCGCGGCGAAUACAAAUGGAGUAGUCUCCUCGGCGCAUGGGUCGGCAGUUGCACUUAUGCAGCCCGUGGGGUGCCGGAGAGAUUCCUCAAAGGCGACGGCAAACCCAAGAACAAGCCUAAAGAAAAGGAGGUCAACAACGUCACCGACGUCACCAACGGGGAAUCCGCCGAAAAGACUAUCGAGAAACAGGAACCACAAGACGACAAGGUCACCUCGUCUCCGCAGAAUCCGCAAGAAGGGAAAGAUCAACCGGAAACGGUGACAGGAAAGCAAACGGUGGCAACUCCGUCGCCGUCUGCGCAACAGCCGCCGCAAGCGCCGCAGGCUCAGGUUCAGACGCCAGGCCAGACCCAGACUCAGGAAGCGAAACCGGCAGAGGCCGAACCUUCGCCGGCGCCGGUGGCCGCCUCGGUCGCGACGACGGCUUGA